CUUCGAUUGCAAUAUUAUCAUCAUGUACAAGGGCGCGCUUCUAUGCUGCCUGCUUGUGGGCCUCUUCGUGGCUCUCAGCAUGGCCUACCGAGGUCAGGAUAUAUACGCGGAGCCAGACUGCAGCAUCGUUGAGGAUCAUGCACGCAAAUUCCGUGACAUUUCCGAUCCCACCCACUACUGGGUGUGCCCCGAGGGACAGGAGAAGGCCGACUACAUCCAGUGCCCCGACAACUAUGCCUUCAUGGAGCCCCAGCAGGGCUGCGUCGUGUGGGAGGAGUGGAAGUGGCUUGAGCCAUACACUAAAUAAACAGAUACAACGACCCAACUUUGGUCCUUAGUCCGGCCAGAGGCUGGAGCGUCCGUUUCGGUUUUAUUUCCGCCAA